GCAGCCGGGAGGGGCUGGGAGAGGGAGGCAGACACCGCGGGGAAGGCUGGGCGCACCGCGUCCAUCAUGUCGCUGGUGGAGACCAUCCGGCUGUGGCAGGAGGGGGUGUGUGCUGCGGAUGGCAAGGAGUGGCACGCAGCCCUGAAGGCCUUCACCGCCGUCCAGAACCCACCGGCCAAAAUCUGCUUCAACAUCGGCUGCACCCACCUGGUCCUGGGGCAGCUGGCCGAGGCAGAGGAGGCGCUCACCCAGAGCAUCAGCUGUGACAAGCACCUGGCCGUGGCCUACUUCCAGCGGGGAAACGUCUUCUACAAGAGACACAACUAUGAAAUGGCCAUGAAGGAUUUCAAGGAGGCUCUGGCCCAGCUGCGAGGCAACCAGCUCAUCGACUACAAGAUCCUGGGGCUGCGCUACAGGCUCUUUGCUUGUGAGAUCCUUUACAACAUCGCACUGGUGUAUGCCACCACGGAGGACUGGAAGAAAGCUGAGGAGCACCUGACACUGGCAAUGAGCUCAAAGAGUGAGCCCCAGCACAACAAGAUUGACAGGGCAAUGGAAGCCAUCUUGAAGCAGAAGCUCUAUGAACCAGUGGCAAUUCCCACAGGGAAGCUGUUUCGACCAAACGAAAAGCAAGUUGCUCAGCUGGAGAAGAAGGACUACCUGGGAAAAGCCAUGGUGGUGGCAUCCGUGGUGGACAAGGACAGUUUUUCAGGAUUUGCUCCCCUCCAACCACAGGCUUCUGGGCCUCCACCCAGGCCCAAGACACCGGAAAUCCUCAGGGCUCUUGAGGGGCAGCCGCACCGCGUCCUGUAUGAGUUCAUACCUGAAACCGCUGAGGAGCUGCAGGUCCUGCCUGGAAACAUCGUCUUUGUCCUGAAGAAAGAGAAGGACAACUGGGCUACGGUGAUGUUUAACGGGAAGAAAGGGAUUGUCCCCUGCAACUUCCUUGAGCCCAUGGAGCUCCAGCACAAGCUGCACGUCCAGGACGAAGCCCCACCUGAGCUUGACAUCCCUGAGCCACCCAGCAGCACUGCUCCAAGGCCCCGGCGGCCAGCACCAGACUUCGUUCCUGUUGCAUCAACGCAGCAGAGAGAAGCCAAUAAGGAAACCGAACCGGCCGUCCCCAAGCCCUACGUUCUCAAGGUGCAUUACAAAUACACAGUUGCCAUGCAAGUCAAGCCAGACCUGUCCUACAAGGAGCUCCUGGACCUGGUUUGCGACAAGCUGGAGCUGCAGCCUGAGCACACAAUGCUGAGGUACAAGCCUGCAGUUAGCAGAGAGCUGGUGACUCUGAGCACGCAGAACCUAGAGGCAGCAUGGAACCACAGCAAGGAUCGGUGCCUGACGGUGUGGUGCGACUGCACAGAGGGAGAGGGAUUCUUACUUGACAGCAAACCAGAGGAGUCGCAGAAGGCAACAGCAGAGACGGGUCCAACCCAAGUGGUAGCACAGUACAGUUACGAGGCCAUCCAGCCUGAAGACCUGGAGUUUCAGGCUGGAGAUGUGAUACUUGUUUUAUCCAAAGUGAAUGAAGACUGGUUGGAAGGGCAAUGCAAUGGCAAGAUAGGCAUCUUCCCCUCUGCUUUUGUUUGUGAUGGUAACACUAAAGACCCAGAGAUCUGAUUUCAGAAGUGUGAGGGGACAUGGACACUGAAAGAAAUUAAGAAUUCAAAUGUUGCAACUAAGAAGUUCCCACAUUAAUCACUGCAUCUGAAAACAGACCUAGAAUAUUAUUGCUACAUGUAUUAAAAUCUUCAUUUUUGUGUGUGUGU